CAAAGAAUAUUCAUACAGAAAGUUUCAAAUGCAACAGGUGUUUGACUUGCAUUUGACCGGUCGACCAGCCGUCUUCCUCCUCUCGAGGCAACAGCUCGGCGAGGUAAAGCGAUAGACGAAGAAGAAAAAACAACCAAAGGCGGAACCUUUAUCACGCCAGCAAAUUGGUCGGCAAGCAAGAAAGUCCGACGAGCUUCUCUAAUCUCUGGUCGCCGAUGGUUGGCGUCCGCAGGCAUCAGAUGUGCAAGACCAAGAGUGCCACGGCCACCUCCAUGGCCCGCUCCUCCGCCACCACCCCGACCACGGCGACCGCCCACGGCCGCCGCUCGCCCCGCGGGAACACGAACGGCAGCCACCCGGGGCCGACCUCCUACUCCACCUCCUCCGCGGCGCUCUCCACCUCCUCCUCCUCCGCGGCCUCCUCCCUGCAGGCGCUCAAGGACUCGCUCCCGGACCUGCCGCUCCUCCUCACCUUCGCCGAGCUCGCCGCCGCCACCAAGAACUUCUCGCCCGCGCACCGCCUCGCGCCGGGGUCGUCGACCAACUCGUUCCGGUGCGCGCUCCGGGGCCACCCGGCCGCCGUCUUCCGCCGCGCGCUGCGGCGGGACCCGGCCGAGGUGUCCGCCCGGCUCGCCGUGCUCGGCCACUGCCACCACGCCGCCAUCGCGCGGCUCUACGGCGCCGCGGCGUCCCCCGACGGCGCCCUCUUCCUCGCGUACGAGCUCGUCCCGGGCGCGGCGCCGCUCUCCGCGCUCCUCCGCGGCGCCUACAACCCGUCCUUCACGCCGCUGGCCUCCUGGCACUCCCGGCUCCGGCUCGCCGCCGACGCCUGCGACGCGCUCAGCUACGUGCACCUCCAGGCCGGGACGGUCCACAACCGCCUCUCCUCCUCCUCCGUCCUCGUGUGCGGCCAGGGCCCGCUCCUCCGGGCCAAGCUCGCGCACUUCGGGUCCGCGGACCUCGCCGGGGAGCUCCCUGACGACGAAUCCGGGGACGGCAAGGAGGCCAGGCACCGGCGCACGGGCAGCCGAGGGAGGCGGAUCGAGGGGACGCGCGGGUACAUGGCGCCGGAGCUGACCGCGGGCGGGUCGCCGACGCGGCGGUCGGACGUGUUCGCGCUGGGCGUGCUGCUGCUGGAGCUGGUGUCCGGGCAGGAGCCGGUGCGGUACGAGUUCAACAAGGCGACCGGGGACUACGAGCGGACCUCGCUGAUCGAGAGCGCCUCCGCCGCGUCGGCGACCGGCGGCGGGGAGGGGAUGCGGCAGUGGGUGGACCGGCGGCUCAAGGACUCGUUCCCCAUCGAUGCCGCGGAGGCGCUCACCACGCUGGCGCUGCAGUGCGUGUCCAAGGACCCCGCGGCGCGGCCGGACAUGUCGUGGGUGGCCGCCAAGGUGUCCAAGCUGUUCCUGGAGGCGCAGGAGUGGGGCGACAAGUUCCGCGUCCCCACCGACAUCUCCAUCUCCAUGGCUCCCAGGUGAGCUCAGAACUCAGAUCCUAACUGCCGCCGAACGCCGUGGCCGAUUGAUUGCUCGCCGGAGCUGUGAUUCGGCUCCAAGUUGUCAGAGAAUUGUUGAGUGGAUGCCAUGGAAUUGUUGAUAGAUUAGUUGAUUGAUGUUGGAUGUUGCCGUGGCUAUCACAUGCGUGUGAUGCUAACAACAGAUGAGUGCUACCGCUCGCUGCUAAUGUGGACAUGUGUACAGAUAAAUCACCAUUGGCGUCUUUGUCCUCUU